ACAGGAAGCUGUUUUAGCCCUCCUCUGGUUUUAGGUUAAUUCGUCUCUUACAUAUAGCUAAUAGCCUUGUAUCUCCCCUCACCCAAGACCACGCGUUACAAGUUGGGAACGUGCACGAAGAAAGCAUAGACGAAAAGGGGGAGAAUUGAAUACAAUGAGUACUGUUCACGUUUGUCAAUCAUGUUAUAAGCCAAGUCAAUCUUUUGAUUUGGAGAGAGGGAGAGCUUUAACAGGUGGAUAUUCAGUUGUUCAAAUGAAUUCGCGGAGUGCUUUGAGUGUGAGUGCGUGUCUUAAUGUGGAUGUUAAUGCACCUAGUGCUAGGAAGAUAGCAUUGGAGAAAACUAAAGCUGUGAUUGAGAAUGAAGGGAAGUUUUUAGUGGGCACAUAUGCAAGAACACCGGUGGUGCUUGAGCGAGGAGAAGGUUGUAAGGUGUAUGAUGUUGAAGGGAGAGAAUAUUUAGAUUUGAGUUCUGGGAUUGCUGUCAAUGCAUUAGGGCAUGGGGAUGCAGACUGGUUGAAAGCUGUUAUAGAGCAAGCUGGCACCCUCACUCAUACCAGCAAUAUUUUCUACACAAUACCUCAGGUAGAACUUGCAAAGCGUCUUGUGCAUGCUUCUUUUGCUGAUCGUGUAUUUUUUACAAAUUCUGGAACUGAGGCAAAUGAAGCAGCUAUUAAAUUUGCAAGAAAGUACCAGAGACACACAACUACUGAUGAGAAAGUUCCAGCAACAGAGUUUAUGGCUUUCAGUAACUGCUUUCAUGGAAGAACCUUGGGUGCACUUGCUUUGACAAGUAAAGUGCAAUACAGAACACCUUUUGAACCUGUUAUGCCUGGGGUGACCUUUGUAGAGUAUGGAAAUGCGCAGGCUGCAAUAGAAUUAAUAAAGCAGUGCAACAUUGCUGCAGUUUUUGUAGAACCCAUCCAAGGGGAAGGCGGAAUUUAUAGUGCUACAAAAGAAUUUCUACAGUCUCUGCGUAAUGCUUGUGAUGAAGCUGGGGCACUUCUUGUGUUUGAUGAGGUUCAAUGUGGCUUAGGUAGAUCAGGGUUUCUUUGGGCCCAUGAGGCAUAUGGUGUCUUCCCAGAUAUGAUGACCCUCGCAAAGCCUCUUGCUGGAGGCCUACCUAUUGGAGCAGUCCUAGUGACUGAGAGAGUUGCUUCUGCUAUAAACUAUGGCGAUCAUGGAAGCACUUUCGCAGGAAAUCCGCUUGUUUGCAAUGCUGCUCUUGCUGUUUUGGAUAAAAUAUCAAAACCUGAUUUCUUGUCAUCUGUAGCAAAGAAAGGCCUCUACUUCAAAGAACUACUUAAGCAGAAGUUAGGAGGGAACCGGCAUGUGAAAGAAAUCCGUGGUCUUGGGCUAAUUGUAGGAAUUGAUUUAGAUGUCUCCGCUGCACCCAUGGUAGAUGCAUGCCGAAAUUCUGGCCUUUUGGUAUUAACUGCUGGAAAAGGAAACGUUGUCAGACUUGUUCCGCCAUUGAUCAUAACAGAGAAGGAGCUUGAGCAAGCAGCUGACAUUUUGUGCCAAACUUUAGAUGUUCUUGAUGAGAAUAAAUAAAGUGUAGCAUAGCAAUAACUGCAGGGUCUUCUCAGUUAUCAUUAUCUAUAUUUAUAUAAACCAUCUUUUGGUAUAUGUUAAUUUUGAGCCUUCUUUCUCUCAUAGAGUGAUACGAGAAAACCUCUCAUAGUCUGGAUGUGGAUGGACUGACUUUCUGGAAAUAUUGUUUUUGUGGUGC